GUUCCAACAUGGCGGCCCAUUUGUUUUGAGUUGCUGCGAAGCUUGUUGAAAUGAAUGUAAAAUAAACAAUAAAUUAUCAAAGUAACGUACCCUAAUAGAUUUAAAUAGCGGAUUUAGCUAUUACGGAGCGGUGGGUACAACCAUGCCGUGUUGGACGCCCACAAAUUCAGUCUGGAUCAGAAGUUUACUUCAGUGUUGAAGCAAUGUUGGGAUUUUUGACAGCGAGGCAGGCAGGUCUGGAUGACCCUCUGCGCCUGAGACGUGCAGAGUCAACGAGAAGGGUCCUCAGUCUGAAGUUGAAUCCUGACAGAGACGUGGACAGAGUCCAUGGAAACGGCAUCAAUACCAUUGACAUUGAAGCAGUAGAGGGCCGAUACAUGUUGUCUGGCGGAGCAGAUGGCGUUAUCGUCAUCUAUGACCUGGAGAACUACACUGGAAAACCACAGUACACCUGCAAGGCAGUCUGCACAGUGGGCAGGUCCAGCCAGUAUGUUCACAAAUUCAGCGUGGAGACAGUCCAGUGGUAUCCUUAUGACACAGGCAUGUUCGUCUCCAGUUCCUUUGACAAGACCAUGAAAGUCUGGGACACUGAGACACUAAAGCCUGCUGAAGUCUUUCUGUUUGAGGGCAAUGUCUACAGCCACCACCUGUCCCCCAUUGCCAGGAAACACAGUCUCAUUGCAGUUGGCACCAAAAACCCUAAAAUCCAGCUGUGCGACUUGAACUCUGGUUCACGGAUACAUGUUCUUCAGGGUCACAGAGCAGAGGUCCUGUCUGUGCGGUGGUCGCCCAGAUAUGAGCACAUCUUAGCCACUGCCAGUGCAGACAGCAAAGUGAAAGUAUGGGACGUGCGUCGGGCUUCUGGGUGUCUCUUCACUCUGGACCAGCACAAUGGAGACAAGUCAAAAGCAUCCUCUGAGGCAGUGAACACAGCUCAUAAUGGCAGAGUGAAUGGCCUGUGCUUUACUGGCGAUGGCCUCUACCUCCUCACCACUGGAACUGAUGACCGCAUGCGACUAUGGAAUAGUGCCACAGGGGAAAACACACUGGUAAAUUACGGGAAGGUCUCCAACGAGAGCCGUAAAAGGCUGCAGUUCACGGUGUCGCGUGGCUGCAGCCCAGAAUUUGUGUUUGUGCCAUGUGGCAGCUCAGUGGCGAUGUACGCCAUCCACACCGGAGAGCUGGUCACUAUGCUCAGGGGUCACUACAACAACGUCGACUGCUGCGAGUUCCACCCAGACUACCAGGAGUUGUAUAGCGGAGGUAAAGAUUGUAACGUCCUGGCGUGGGUUCCUGUCCUUCGUGCCUCAGACGUGGAAGAAGAGUCAAACAGUGCAAAUAAGGGUGCUGCUGGCCAGUCUUCAGUGAACCCUGCCUUACAGGAUGCAUGGAGCAGUGAUGAAGAUUAAUUCUGAUGUUUUGUAUGUGUGAGCAAAGUACACGUUGAGGCAUCUGACCAUGCAAAUGAGCACACACCCUCCACGAUUAGCUUGUAAAAAAAAUGAUCGAUGAUGUUAAUGGGUUUAGGGAAAUUUCUCCUGUUUCAUCACUGCGGGCAAAGAUGAAGGCCUUAAAAAUGGAAUUGAAAUGUGUAAACAAUUGUACAACAAUGUUAUGAAUGUUUGGGGUUUUUUAUAUAUUUGUUAUAGCAUUGUUAUUGUUUUGCUAUUUUUAUUUUUUUUAUUGGAAUGUAAAACCAACACGGUCCUUGGUAUCCAGCAAGUGUCAUGUUGCUGAAGUCCCCUUAACCUGUUGCAAAGCAAUUUUGUAUUUUCAGUAAUUAAUUGUAGUCAUGGGGGAUGUCUGCCAAUGUUUGUGCAAAUUCAAAUGCAUUGACCGUUUACAGAUGCUGAAUAGUUUAGACAAUGUGUAGUACUUAUGUAAGAUUUUGGUUAAAGGGACAUUAAAGUGUUUAGAGAGGAAGAUGUGCAAGAGUUUAAAAA